UUAGCAGCAGGAAAAACAAGGAUGUGAAAACCGUCACUGUUUAUUUUACUCAGCAUUUCAAGAUACUAUUAACUUCCUUUUGUCGACUUUUGGCUGCAUCUACUGUAUGUAACUAGGCUAUAACCAAUUUGAGAAUCUGCUUAAACAUUUAGCAGGGGCAUUAUUAGUUGCAGACUUGAAUGUAGGCUAUAACACGUUGCGACAGCGGCAUAUCCUCCGAAAUGACCAACGAAGCUUAUCACACACGCUUAACCUACAUAGCCUAUUUGUUUGUGAUGGACUGUGAGGCUUUUUAUGUGGGCUGCUGAGCCCAGCAACUUUAUUCUCGCGCUGUGUGAGGAUUUAGAUGAAGCAUGGAUUGCGAUUCUUCAAAGAACUUGUAAAUGGCAAGGUCUACGCUCAGGUGUGUGGAAGCUCCGGAAGAAUUUACUCCAUGUAUCAAGCAUGCAAUAAAAGUGAUAUCAGCUGAACUGAGUAAAGCAAAGAUGUUUUCGGAAGAAGCCAAUUUCAGUUACACUUCGAACGGCACGGAUGAUGAUGAAACGCUGUCCACGCUAGAUCAAGAUUGGAGCGACUCUCCUGCUGAGAAACUGUCACGGACGGGACAUAAUGUGGUCGCCGUUAUUUUGGGAUCUAUUCUGGUAUUCGGGAUCCUAAACAAUUUAAUCGUCCUCGUUCUGUUUUGUAAAUUCAAGACCCUACGGACUCCUGUGAACAUGCUUCUGCUCAACAUCAGUGUGAGUGACAUGCUUGUAUGUCUGUUCGGCACCACGCUCAGCUUCGCGGCCAGUAUCCGCGGCCGGUGGCUGGUGGGGAGACACGGGUGCAUGUGGUACGGAUUUGUAAACUCGUGCUUUGGGAUUGUAUCAUUGAUCUCUCUGGCAAUCCUUUCGUAUGAUCGUUACAGCACUUUAACUGUUUACAACAAGAGAGCCCCAGACUACAGCAAACCCUUGUUGGCUGUCGGGGGCUCCUGGCUCUACUCAUUGUUCUGGACGGUUCCCCCCCUGCUGGGCUGGAGUAGCUAUGGACUGGAAGGGGCAGGAACCAGCUGUUCAGUCACAUGGACCGCCAACACUCCUCAGUCACAUUCCUAUAUCAUCUGCCUGUUCAUUUUUUGUUUGGGACUCCCCGUGCUGGUCAUGGUGUACUGUUACGGCCGGCUCCUCUGUGCUGUCAAACAGGUAGGGCGUAUCAGGAAGACAGCAGCAAGGCGGAGAGAGUACCACAUUUUAUUUAUGGUCAUCACUACAGUGGUGUGCUACCUUUUGUGCUGGAUGCCUUAUGGGGUUGUUGCAAUGAUGGCCACGUUUGGACAUCCGGGGAUCAUCACACCCAUUGCGAGCGUGGUGCCGUCCCUACUUGCCAAAAGCAGCACAGUCAUCAACCCUCUUAUUUACAUCCUUAUGAAUAAACAGGUUAGACAUUUCCAACGUUUUAAUUAGCACUGGAUAGGAUAUGUUUUCUGAUAUACAUUGAGAAAUAUAUAUACAUAACCACAUGGGUGCUUAAAAUAACAUUUCUUCCACUAAAUACAUUUAUUUCAUUUUCUUUAUUCAGUAUAAACUUACAUCCAUAACAAUGAAGAACAAAUUACCACCCUAUAAAAGUAACCAUGUCAAGUGCUGGAAUGAUCGUAAGAAAUUAAAAAUAAUAUUAAACACUAGGUCGGCAACCAUUUAGU